AUGGCUCCCACUCGUGCCCAAUUGAUCGAAACCGCCACAACCCUCGUCAAGGCAUUCGAAACACUCGAGGUCGAAGACGUAUUGGCCAAACGCAGUGCCAAAUCGAUACAGCAACUGUUGCCCGAGUCUCUCGGUCGUGGACCUCGUGACCGCGAAUCCUUUGGUCAAUACAUCGGUGGCAUCAAGCAACUGAUCCCCAAUGGAUUCCGAGUCACCUUCAACAAGGAACCCAUUGUCGACGAGGCGGCCCGUAAAGUGGUCAUCUUUGCAAAGACAGCAGCCGACACAAUCGCGGGGCCAUAUCAUAACGAAUAUGUCUUCAUCAUCCAUAUGAAUGAGGAGGGAACCCUGGCUGACAGGGUCGAAGAGUUUCUCGACAGCUGGUUGGUGAAGGAGUUGGAGUCGAAAAUGGAUGCUAUGAAGAAGCAGAUUCCAAACUGA